AUGGCUAAUAGUACAAGUAACAGUAGGAAUCUCUCGAGCUUGGUUCACGAACUUCGUGAACGCAUUGCUGCAACUUCUUCCACUCCUCCAAACAACAUUGACAGUAACGCUGACGAUGAUGCUUUAGAGACCAGAUUCCGUGCCGUUCUUCCCAAUCUUCUCCACGCUUACGGAAUUUUCCUGGGGUUUUUUUAUCAUGGCAAAGCCAGUGCUGUGCUGCCCGUGAUUGGUCGGAUAUUGCCAUUUUUUAAUGAACCUGCAUUUAGUUCUCGACAUGGAGUAAUUUUUGAAACAGUUGGACCCCUUCUAUCAAUGCUUCGUACUGGAUCUCGAGAUGCAUAUAGAAUGCUUUUCAUUGAUGCCAUGUGUGCCAUUGAAGAUAUUUUGUAUAUAUCAUCCUUCUCUUCGGAAAACUCAAGAAUUACAGAAGCCACAAGAUUUACUUUAAAGUGUUUACUUCGGUCCUUUUCUCAAAAUUUAAGUGACUCAACAUGUCUCUGUGUUCUACCAACAAGCAAUAAACCCCUUGAUGGCCCUGGCAUUUUGAUUAACCUCUUGGGAAGAAACUGGUGGCAACCUUUUGCAACUUGGAUCAUAAAGUUUCUUAGCAAAUGCUUAACUGAAGGAACCCUAUAUGUGGAAGGUCUCAUGAAUACAUCAUUUGUUUCUGCCGCAUGCUCUCUUUUAUGCUAUGGAGAUGCUGAUUUGCAAAUGGCAUGUUUUGACUUUGCACGUGUCAUUGGAUCAGUGAUGAGUUAUGACAAUGUUCCACAUGAGAAUUUAAUCCGCUCAAUAUCCACCAUAUUAGGUGAGGACAAAGAGGGACUCCCUGUAUUCAGGAACACAUCAUAUGAUACCUGCUUAGGUGGUUGCCUUAGGGCAGUGCACUCUAGUUGUCCUGAUGAUGUUGUCAAGCUAACUGCUGAAAAUUUAGUUAAUGUUUUCCAUCGCUCAAUGCGGAGAACCAAAAGCAUGGAGCUUAAGGUAAAUUAA